ACGGCGUUUACGCGUCCUGCAGCCGCGCUUGCCAACCACCACCAUGAAGCCCACGUCCUUCCUGGCCAUCAUAUCUCUCGCCGCCGUGGGCGCCGCCGCCUACUCGGACGACCAGAUUACUCUUCAGAAUUCCGCACAGACCCAUCCGGGAUAUGAUCUCGAUUUAGGCGCAGUCCGAUGGGUCCAGCUAGAAGGACAGGACCCUGUGCUGAUGACCGAACUCGAGAAAAUAAAUCUCAAGGCCGCAGGAGUCAAGUUCUUCGAUGUUUCCGAGACCCCCGAGCUUGGAUUCAAUGCUCAUCUCAGAGUGAACAAGAAAUCGGCAUACCCGUCUCCUAACAAGACAGACCUUGUUAAGCCCAUACUCAAGACUCUGGAAAUUGACAACCUCAAGACGGGGCUGAAGGCGUUCACCAACUUCCGAACGAGAUAUUACCGCAGUGACACUGGGAAGCAGAGUCAAGAAUGGCUUCUGGACACCAUCAACGAGAUCACCAAAGAGUAUGCCUCAGACUCCUUGAGGGAACUCAUCACUGUGCAGGAAUUCCCGCACACUUGGAUCCAGAGCUCAGUGAUUGCUCGGAUCAACGGGUCUUCUACCGAUAGUGAUGGUGUCGUCGUUAUUGGGGCACACCAGGACAGCACAAACCUAUGGCCCUUCCUUCCUGCCCCUGGCGCCGAUGAUGACGGGUCGGGUUCCAUGAGCAUCUUGGAAGCUUACCGGGCGCUGCUCGCCGCUGAUUUCCGUCCGGAGCAUAGUGUCGAGUUCCACUGGUAUUCUGCGGAGGAGGGUGGCCUUCUAGGUUCCCAGGCAAUUGCCCAAGAAUACGAACGUCGUGGUGUGAACGUUGUGGCGAUGAGUCAGUAUGACAUGACAGCAUGGGUGAAGAAGGGCACGCGCGAGGAGGUUGGCGUAAUUGUCGAUUACGUCGAUGCAGACUUAACGGAGCUCAACAAGCAGCUCGUAGACCUGUACUUGGACAUCCCGUAUGUUGAGACCAAAUGUGGUUACGCCUGCAGCGAUCACGCCUCAUGGGCUAAGGCAGGGUAUCCUUCGGUCUUCACCAUUGAGAGCGCCUUCGAGAACUCCAACAAGAAUAUUCACAGUUCGAACGACCGUUUCGAUAUUUCGGAUGAGUUCAGCUUCUCGCACAUGCUGGAAUUCUCCAAGCUUGCGGUUGGGUUCGCAGUCGAGCUUGCGGGGUGGGCCAAGUCCAAGUAGCUUCAGAAGGACCCUCAUCGUGUGCUCGUUUCGAACAUGUUGCAUUCAGCACGCUGGAAUCGGUCUG